AUGGGAUUCAGCGAAACAAGCUUGUCUGGCACAGUUCCCUCGGAAAUGGGUCGACUGCAAAGUUUAGAAUCCCUUGUCAUUGGUCACAGCAAGAUUGGCGGGACUGUACCUUCGGAGCUUGGCAACCUCAGCAGCUUGAUAUGGUUAGUCUUCGAAAGCACAAAUUUCUCAGGGUCCUUCCCCAGUGAAGUGUUUCUAUUGUCAAACCUUCGAGCCUUGCAAGUCUUUGAAUGCCCUGGACUGAAGACAGAAUCUGUCCUCCAUGGGGUGGUCAGAAAUAUGCAUAAGAUAGAAAGGCUUGGUCUAGGCCGUGGGAAACCUGGCAGGUUCAUAUCAGUCCCAACUGAAAUUGCCAGGCUGACAAACAUGCUUUCCCUUUCUUUGGAAGACUUUCAACUCAAUGGCACACUUCCAAGUGAAGUUGGGCUGCUGACAAAGCUUACCAGGCUGAGGUUGCAUGAGAAUGCUAUUGUAGGCGCUUUACCAACGGAGUUUUUGAAGUUUUCUGGGUUGAAUAUCUUGGACAUUGGAUCCAACCAGAUGGAAGGCAAACUGGAACAAAGUCUGUUUUCCCAACUCACCCAGUUAGAUGUGUUUAGUAUCAAUGGCAAUUGGUUCUCAGGCAGCCUUCCCACAGAGGUUGGCCUUCUGUCAAGCCUCCGGAAGCUACAAUUGCAUAAUACCAAUCUCUCUGGCACACUGCCCACCGAGCUGCAAUUGAUGGACAAGCUGACCAGUUUGGUAGUCAUGAACACAUCUUUGUCGGGCAGUAUCCCUUCCAAACUUAGCUCCGCAAUACUCCCCCCACAAGAACUCAAGUGCUUUGGCGGAGAGUGCUAUAAAGUAGCAACCACCUCCUUGUCAGCCUGUCAUGGAACUCGUCUAUGUGGUUGCAGUUGUGAUCCGUGUCCAGUGUAA